AUGGAAGUAGAUGUUGACGGUUACAAUUUAACAUAUUUGCACCUGGCUGAGAAGCACUCCCUUCCAAAGCCACUUAAUAUUGAGGAAGAGCAACUUAUCCGGGUGUUCUAUGAGCACAAGAUUCAAGAAGCAUGUGGCGCCUUUGGAUUUCCAUAUAAAAUUCAGGCGACAACCAUCAUAUACUUUAAAAGGUUUUAUUUGCAAUGGUCUUUCAUGGAGCAUCACCUAAAGCACAUAAUGUUAACUUGCAUUUAUGCAUCAUGUAAGAUAGAAGAAAACCUUGUAUCUGCAGAGGAGCUUGGUAAGGGGAUUCAACAGGAUCAUCAAAUGAUUCUCAAUAAUGAGAUGAUAGUUUUUCAGAGCCUGGGAUUUGAUCUAAUUGUUUAUGCACCAUAUCGGUCACUUGAAGGUUUUGUUGAUAAUAUGGAGGAGUUUUGCCAAGCAAAGGACGACCAGCUGCAAAAGUUGAAGGUAAUUGUUGCUUUCAUUCUCCAUAUUGUUGUUUCUAAAUGA